UGUUGUAUUGUCAAAAUUAAAAAGUUGUUAAAUGUAAAAUUUUAUAAAUAUUUGGCCCCUCUUUUUCAAGCAAAACCCAUUAAAAUUUAAUCAAGUAUUGUCCUUACUACAAUUGCAGUUCAAACUGCCUUUAAAAAUGAACGAACUUCCUCCCAAACCAGCCACCACAAUUUAUUUCGGUGUUCAUAUACCCAACGAUAACAGCAACGGCCAGUCAAAUGUAUUCGUCGACAAAGAGUCUGCUUUAAAAGCGGCCAAGAAACACAAAAAGGCCAGGUUCAAACCUUUUCAAUUUUACCACGAAGCUGUAGACUUUAGCAUCAACGGAGCGGAAUUUCCCAACAACAAUUCAGUAAUUGACGGUGCAGAAGGAGAGAAAAAGGAGCUAAUUGGGGUGGGAGAAAAGUCCAGUCCUUUUAGGACACCCAGACCUCAAGAACUGACUGAGUUUAGGGGGAAAAUUGAAAAUGGGGCUUUUAAUCUUGUUAGGGAAAUGAUUAAUUAUAAUCCUAGGUAUUUGGUUAGCAGUGGAGAUACUCCUUCUAUUUUACAGGAAGGUGCCAGACUGAAUGCAAUACACGUAGCAGCCAAAGUAAAAAACGCCCAAAUCACCGAAUACAUCCUAAACACAGUCAGCAAUCCGGAAUUCAUAAAACGCCUGUACGGCGACGAUAGUCAAGAAAACGCCGAGCAACGUUGCAGAAUGCUCUUGGAUCUCUACCUAAACACUCCAAAUAAAGGCUUCAACGACACCCCGUUGCAUAUAGCGUCCAAAUGGGGUGCUGAUAAAGUAAUGGAAGUCUUACUCUCUUACCCCGAAUGCGAUAAAACCAAAAGAAACAAGCACAACAAAUUAGCUGAGGAUGUUGUUUGUGAAAGAGCCGACCCAAAAACGCCUAAAGAUGUUUGCAAAAGAAUCCAGCAAAUGCUAGACGAUAACUAUUACGUACCUGUACUAAGAACAGACGAUAAUACUUUGCCUCCUUUGGUGGGACACCCCUUUUCACCUACAAGCCCUCCUUUAUUAAACCGCGAUCCUUUAAGUCCGCGUAUGGAAAUUCACGCUUAUGCAGGCCCCAUGGACAAGACUGAGGCAGACAAGUUUCAUCGGGCAUGGAAAACUCCUCCAAGAACACUUAAUUCUCCCAAUUUGAUAAGCUUGAGAUUAAAGGAUCACGAAAAAGGCUUGGAAAGGAUUGGCAAACAACUUGCAAACAGCUAUAAAGUGCCUUGGACUGAAUAUUGGGCCUUUCUAAAACUAUACAUUGAUAUAACAUCGGAAGAAGGCUUAGAGGCUUUAGAGAACCAUCUAAAAACCAAACAACAAUGUUUAAUGUUGAAUGAUACAGCAGCAAUACAAGAAGAAGAGACUAUUGUGAGUCCAAUGACAAGUCUCUGCGAAGCAUUUUCCGCCUGUAAAAUUAAAGACUCUAGUUUUUUCCAGGAUAAUUGCCGUCCCUUGGUUUACGUUGAUAAGGCCUGUCACGUGUUUGCCAAUCGUAUUAUCGGAAAUGUUUCUUUAAUUUUACGCUGUAGCGAACGGGAAUAUGAAAAUACAGUUAAAAUUUUGGAAACUGACAUUAAACUUUUGGAGUUGUUGAUUAAUAGUUACUUGGACGAUGAAAGAUUUAGCGAGUGGGUGAAUUUUCAAAAAGUCCACUCGCGUUUGGCGCAUUUAAUUGCCAGAAAAUUGUUCGAGGAGGGUGAAGUUGUUUUACAACUAGAAGCAGUUCUAGAAAGUAUUGUUAAAAAGUCUGAUUAUUUUUCUUCAGACGAUGAAGGCGUUAAUAAUUGUAAAAAUAAACCCACAACAUACAGAAAGCAAUUGGUUUGUUUAUUAACUAGAAUUAAAUUAUGCUUUGAGCAAAAUACUUGGGAGCAAGAAGACGAUAUGUGGCAAUUGUUUAACGUUUGCCCUUGCCAGUUUCACCCAAGAAAACCCAAAAGAAACAACAUUUCUAGAAGUAAUAGCUUCAAACAAAAACCUACAAAAAAAUUCGAUCUGCAAAGUGUCUCAAGGAAACUAAAUUUUGGCGAAGACAUUUUGGCUGGACGCUUAUUGGGCGCCAACGGCGAUGUUGCCUUUAAUUUAAGCAGCGAUAGUUCUAAAUCAGACUCUGACGAUGAAUUUUGCACACCUGCAACGUCUCCUAAUAAAAGUCCUGAAGAGUCUGAUUAUGAAGAUGCUGAAUCUCCUGCAUUUGAAACUUUUUUAGAAGGGAAUUAUCCCACUAAAACCGACUGCGAAGUAUUCAAUGCUAUAAGCUAUUCUGAUUGUGAUAUUGAUUUGAAAAAGUACCCUUUAGUAUACAAGUGGCAUCAUUGUAUAAGCCUUUACAAGAAAUCUGAGCGUGAAAGUUGGCCUAAUAGUAACAAAAUUCUUACUGGGGGUGAUAGUUUAAGCCCUGAAGCUCAUAUAAUGUCUCAUAAACCGUCUUGGCUGAGGAUAACGGGAGCAAAUUCGCCAAAGGCUGCAAUUAAAUCUUUCAGUUUUCAUUAAGUAAGACUUAAAACAAGUGUGAUGUUUUUCUUUUCUUUUGUUGCUCCAAGCGAACCAAAUAAAUGUAUUGUUAAUUUUAUAAUUGUUUAGUUGCAUGUUAACUAUGGAAGCAUUUUCAUUUUAGUUCAAGAUUGUUUGAGAAAGGUAGGUUGCCUGAUGACGUCAUCUGGGGUGUCUCAUAAUGCAGAUCUCCAGAUAACGUCAUCAAGUUACCAAUUACAAAAAAUGUUUUCGUUGUUUUGCUUAGGAUAAGAAAAUCCCUACUGUGUCUGUACUGUAUAUUUAAAAAAAAAAUACAUAUUUUCUUAUAUUAAUUAUUACUGAAUAAUUGGAAAUAACAUUAUUGUUUUUUUUUUAAUAAAGAUGUGUUUUAUUUUGCUA